GUGAGCCGAAUGGACUAAGCAGAGCAUUUCCGAAGAAAUGUCCACCGCCCAAAUCUGAUUUUUUUUUUGUUUUUUGAAUGCUUCAUUACAGUUCCAUCGAUUUUGAAGUUUGAAAUCCGAAAAUGGUAACCUUUCGAUCAAACUCAAUCACCGUCUUGUUCUUCUUCUUUGUUCUCCUCACAGCAGCACCAUCUCCCUCCCAAUCCCUCUCUUUCUCCUCUUACUUCCGUUACCGAAACCUCUUCUCCAUCUCCCACAACCUCCUCAUCUCCGUCGCCAACCACCGCGCCGCACGCGGCGACGUCGCCGGCGCCGACCGAGCCCGGGCCAUUGCGGACAAGCUCCAUCAGGGAACCGUCUUCGGCUUCUUGAAGCUCCUCUGGACCUGGUCCUGGACGGACUUGUCCUUCACGGAUCUAUACGGCGUCGUUUCCGACGUCAACGAGUUGCUUAGGGUUUUGACUGAGUUGACUCGCUUGGAAUCGGUCGCGCAAAGGUCCGCUUGGGUUUCGCGAAAUUACCAAAGUGUCCUCACCGUCUCUAAGUCGCUCUCCGCCAAGCUCCUCAAAGCGUUACGCCAAUCGGGAGUGAUGAGGGAAAUAGGGGAAACGUUUCAGAAAGAGGUGGUGGAAGGUGGAUUAAUAAGGGAUUGUCUUGAAUUGGGUAACAAUGAUUUGAAGGCUUUGAUUCAGGUUGCCAAGGAUUUGUUGAUGCAAUUCUUUCCUGCUCAUGAUAAAGACCCUGAUCUAUAACUUAUUAAUCAGCAAUGUAAAAGAAUUUGGACCAUUGAGAAUUUUUAAGGAUUACAACUGCCUCACUUUACUUAUACGUAACCAAAUUCAAUUUCUUUGUUUGCCUUCA